GCCGCCACCUUUGCGGCGGAGAGAAAAGACAAAACAGAAAGAAAUGGAAAACAAAGAGAAAAUCAGAAUCGCCAUCGCCGCCGCAGUAGCGUCGGUUGCUGCAAUUUCAAUUUUUAUUUUAACGACGGAGUAUCGUAGUAAACGACGCUACAGUAUAAGGAAGCAAUACAAACGGACUCAAAACUCAUGUUAUUUACAGUCGGACCACAAGCCGCAAUCUUCUUUCAAACGUGUUUUAGCUGAUAACUCCUUCUCUCAGUUCAAACACUUGAAGCUAAACGGAAACAAAAAUGAUAAUUCUUCGAAUUCGCAUCCUUAUGAAAAAGAAAUUGCAUAUCUGAUAGAGAAUAACAGCAAUGGAAUUGAAUUUGAUACAAUUGAUUUGAAAGAAAUGAAGAAUGAUUUUGUUUGGAUUGAGACUGAGUCUCAGUUAAAGGAGUUAGCUGAUGAAUUGAGUAAACAGAGAGUUUUUGCUACUGAUACUGAGCAGCACGGUUUGCGUUCUUUUCUCGGUUUUACUGCUCUUAUCCAGAUUUCUACUCGGGAACGAGAUUACUUGUUGGAUACGAUUGCGUUACAUGAUUUUAUGGGGAUUCUCCGUCCGGUGUUUGCUGAUCCUAGAAUUUGCAAGGUGUUUCAUGGAGCUGAUAAUGAUGUGCUUUGGCUACAGCGGGAUUUUCAUAUUUAUGUAGUUAAUUUAUUUGACACUGCAAAGGCAUGUGAAGUGCUUUCAAAGCCACAGAAAUCACUGGCAUACUUACUUGAAACUUACUGCAGUGUAUCCACAAAUAAAUUACUACAGCGUGAAGAUUGGAGACAACGUCCAUUGUCUGCAGAGAUGUUACAGUAUGCUCAAACGGAUGCACAUUAUCUGUUGUAUAUUGCAAGUUGCUUAAUUGCUGAGCUCAAACAACAAAAUGAUGAUAAUUCAUCUUCUUGUCCGGAUGACAAAUUAAAUUUUAUUAUUGAGGCUAGUCGCCGUUCAAACAUGGUUUGCCUACAACUCUAUACUAAAGAGGUUGAAGAAUUUCCGGGUGAUUCUGCUGCAUCAUCGCUUCUUUCUCGUCAUUUGAAUGGCCAAGGAGGUUCAUCAGUUUCAUGUGAGACACAGGAUCUUGUGAGACGCUUGUGCACUUGGAGAGAACUAAUGGCUCGUGUGCAUGAUGAGAACUUAAAAUAUGUGUUGUCAGACCAGGCUGUUGUUUCUCUUGCCGAGAAGGUUUUAACAAAUUCUAUGGAAAUAUAUGACACAAUUGCUCAAGCCGAUAUGAAUCUGGGUCCUCCGACCUCUGUUUCUUCUCUACCAUCUCCCUCCCCUAUCGUUUGCAGCCAUUUUGAUGAAUUUUGUUGCUUAAUCUUGGAGAAUAAAUGUAACACUGAUGAUAUUUUCUCACUGAUUCAAAAAUGCCUGGGUACAAAGGGGACUUGCCCAUUGUCAGUUUUUAAUUAUGGAUUAUUGGUCAACUGUGAACUGAGACCAAAAGGUAGAUCAAUUUCAAAGAAAAGUGUAGCUAAAAAUUCUAAGCAAUUUGCUGGAAAGGCUUCGCUAUCGCGAAAACUGUUUGUUCAGAAGUUCUCCUGCAAAUCUCCAGUAUAUCACAACUGUAGGAUCUAUGCAAAUGAUGGACGGUUGCUUUGUUACUGCGAUCAGAGAAAGCUUGAAUGGUACAUUGAUAGAAAGCUAGCAAAACUUCUUGAUGAAAAUCCUCCGGCCAUAAUGCUUCUUUUUGAGCCUAAGGGUCGUCCAGAAGAUGAAGGCAAUGACUUUUACAUCCAAAGCAAGAAAAAUAUUUGUGUUGGCUGUGGUGAAGGAAGUCAUUACUUACGCUAUCGAAUAAUUCCUUCAUGCUACAGAAUGCACUUCCCUGAGCAUUUGAAAAGCCAUCGAUCUCAUGACAUUGUCCUCCUUUGUGUGGACUGUCAUGAAGUUGCCCAUGCUGCUGCUGAGAAAUACAAAAGGCAUGUGGCUGUGGAGUUUGGGAUUCCAUUGUUCGUUCUUAAAGUAGUUGACUGUAGAGAAAACUCUGUUAUAAAUGGGCCUUCUUCAUCUCUUAUAAAUGCUGAGGAGGCAGGGGUAUCUCCUUUGCAAUUGCGUACAGCUGCUAUGGCUUUGUUGCGCCAUGGGUCAAAAAUGCCACCCAAGCGACAAGAAGAACUGACACAGAUUGUAUCACAAUAUUAUGGAGGAAGGGAAAUAUCGCAGGAAGAUUUGGAAAGAGCUUUGCUGGUUGGAAUGAGUCCUCAUGAGAGAAGAAGAUUUGAGAAGAAAAAAGGGUUGAUUUCGAAGCAUUCUUCCACUAAUGGCCUUCAAAACAAUGUGCUGGUGCAUGAUCUUAUUAUCUCCAAAUCUCCCACUGAGAACAAAUCUGUGAUUGAUUAUCUAGCUGGUUCACAAAGUACUGAUAUAGAGCCAACAACUGGCGAAAACGAAGAUCAGGAGUUCUGUAAAAUAACAGACACUGAUAUAGAUGUCUCUUCUACAGUACAAGACUCUGCGACUGCAUGCAAGGAUAUGAAUUCCGAUGAUAAUGAAGUUUCUGAUAAAAAAGAAAUAUAUGCUGAAAAUGAUGGUGGUGAUUGUGAAGUAGGUCCGCCAAAUGAAAUAGCUGGUUUUGAUGAUCCUACACAUGAUGAACCUGUCCUGCCCAAGAAUAACUCAAAAUUAUCCUUGUUAGGACAUGGGCCACAUGGACAGCAAGUUGUGGAGAAAUUACUAAAAGAAUGUGGAGAUGAUGGCAUUCGUGAAUUUUGUCAAAGAUGGCGGCAAGUUUUUGUCGAGACAGUUCAUCCCCGACACUUACCAACUGGGUGGGAUGUAAUGCACAGAGGCAGAAGGGAUUUCGGUGAAUUCAGUGUAUACAAUCCGGCCAAGAGAGCAGCAUCUGGUGCAACAACUUGAGUUCAAAUGCUGCCAAACUCUAGAGGGUCACGUAGAUUUAUUAAAAGAAAUCUUAUUUUGAAAUUUAGGAAUUGUUGUAAUUCUUUUUUUCUCAUGUUACCAUUUUAGAGGUAGGCAGGUCGAACUUAGACCUUUUUUUUUCUUUAUUAUUUUUCAAGUAAAAUCAAUUUAUCGCAAUGCAUAAAAUGAUAUGUAGAACAAUAUACAUAAGUUGUGCUAGUCCGCUAGACAUUGUAUUAAAAAUUGUUCCGGUGAUUGAAUUGGAUGGUCAUUUGUAGUUUUCUAUUCA